CCGAGCUCGUUUAAAGGGCAGCGGCGGGAGGGUGGCGGCGGUAGAGAGGGUUGGGGCAGGUAGGGUAAGGUGGUGGUGCUGGGAUCUGCUUUCCGUCCAGGUGCAAAGAUGGGGUGCUUUACCUUUAUCAAGGUUAUGAUGAUCCUCUUCAACCUGGCCAUCUUUCUCAGUGGCGGGACCCUCCUAGGAGUUGGCAUCUGGGUCAAAGUGGAUGGACAGUCAUUUGUGGAUAUAUUUGGGGCGCUCUCCUCUAGUGUCCUGCAGAUUGUGAAUGUGAGCUAUGUUCUCAUUGUCAUUGGUGCCAUCCUCCUGAUCAUCGGCUUCCUUGGGUGCUACGGUGCCCAGAAGGAGAGCAAGUGUCUCCUGAUGAUGUUCUUCUCAGUGGUGCUCAUCAUCUUCAUUGCUGAAGUUGCUGUUGCUGUGGUGGCUCUGGUCUACACAACUCUUGCAGAGUCGCUGCUGACGGCUGUGGUGACCCCUGUCCUGAAGGAGCAGUAUGGGAAGGAUCCAACUUUCACGCAGAUCUGGAAUACCACCAUGACAGAGGUCCAUUGCUGUGGCCUGAAUAACUACACAGACUUCGAUAACUCCUACUAUUAUGAGAAGAAUGGGUUCUACCCCCCCCAGUGUUGUGGCUCGCCUGGGUCCUGCAAUGCCACACUGGCUGCACAAAGGAAUGUCACGGGUUGUUUCGACCAGGUCCUGGAAGAAAUCAGGACUAAUGCGGGAGUGGCGGGUGGCGUGGCAGCCGGCAUCGGUGCCUUGGAGAUUGCAGCCAUGGCGGUUUCCAUGUACCUGUACUGUCGGCUGGAUGCGAAAUGAUCCCACGAGGCAGGAAGAUGAUGUGCCCCCCGCCCGUGCUGGUGCCGUGCUCCUGGGGGGGACCCCAUCCCUCCCUGGGUCUGAUGCUGUCCUAGGCACUGUGAUUUAUAGCUGUACUUUGAUCUACUGAGCUGGGAUCUGUAGACUUAGUGUAUAUUUUUGUACUGAUAUGGCACACUGAGUCUGUACAUAGUGAUUUGGGGUGGUUUUUGAAGGGGGUGGGGUGGAAGAAGCUGUUCGGUCUGUUUAGCUGAUGUCAGCAGGAGAUAAAGCAGCACCAGGGCUGUUCAGGGCUGCUGAUCUGGCAGUGGCACAGCAAUGCCUUGAUAAACUCUUGCAGGUGGGUGCUGUACCUCUCCCAUGUGCUGUCCCCAGUGUAUACCUAAGUGGGAGCUGGCAGGGCAGGGAGCUGGCCUGCCUCCCUGCUUCCCUCUAUUGAGGUAACUACCCACCCUCUGGGUGGUAACUACACCUCACAGGGGGAUGUAUCUACUCCUGCACCCAUUUUCUGCCAGCACUGACUCUGUUGCUGUGUUGUCCCCUGAAAGAGGGGCUGGCUGGUCUCUGCCCCUGCCUUGGCAUGAAGACAGCCCUGGUGGUCCCUGGCCCUACAAGUGCCGGGCCUGCCCCCUGUGUGCCUUCUGUCAUCUCAUGGGUGAGCCCCUCUCCAUGCUGUAAAGAAAUGCAAAUAAAUUUUUCAUCUUGGAUUAAAAAA